GGCUUCUGAAGCAGUAGGUUGUUGGGUUUUUGAUCCUACCCAGAACACUUGAGUUUUGUUCUGCAAGUGUAUAUAAAAAGUUUUAUCUGCACACCUGAGAAUAAAAGGUAAUGGAGACUGAACAACAGGAGGAGACCUUUACCAACACAGAGACAAAUGGCAAACGUCCUGCAGAAGAUAUGGAGGAAGAACAGGCCUUCAAAAGAUCUCGGAAUACAGAUGAGAUGGUUGAAUUGCGCAUCUUGCUUCAAAGCAAAAAUGCUGGAGCAGUGAUUGGAAAAGGUGGCAAAAAUAUUAAGGCACUUCGUACAGAUUACAAUGCCAGUGUUUCAGUCCCAGACAGCAGUGGCCCCGAGCGCAUCUUGAGUAUAAGUGCAGAUACAGAGACAAUUGGAGAAAUCUUGAAGAAGAUUAUCCCUACUUUAGAAGAGUAUCAACACUACAAAGGUAGCGACUUUGACUGUGAAUUAAGACUUCUAAUUCACCAAAGUCUAGCAGGAGGAAUUAUUGGUGUCAAGGGUGCUAAAAUCAAAGAACUCAGAGAGAACACUCAGACCACCAUUAAGCUCUUCCAAGAGUGUUGUCCUCAUUCCACUGAUAGAGUGGUUCUUAUUGGUGGAAAACCUGAUAGAGUUGUGGAAUGUAUCAAGAUUAUCUUGGAUCUUAUCUCUGAGUCUCCAAUUAAAGGACGGGCCCAGCCUUAUGAUCCCAAUUUCUAUGAUGAAACAUAUGACUAUGGUGGCUUCACAAUGAUGUUUGAUGAUAGAAGGGGACGUCCAGUAGGCUUUCCAAUGCGUGGAAGAGGAGGCUUUGGUCGGAUUCCUCCCUGUUGUGGUGGACGACCCAUGCCUCCAUCAAGAAGAGAUUAUGAUGAUAUGAGCCCUCGCAGAGGACCUCCACCACCUCCACCAGGUCGUGGUGGUAGAGGUGGCAGCAGAGCUCGUAAUCUUCCUCUUCCUCCUCCACCACCACCUCGUAGCGGAGAUCUUAUGUCUUAUGACCGAAGGGGUAGACCUGGAGACCGUUAUGAUGGAAUGAUGAUGCAGUGUCAUGUAGAUGCCUGUGAUGACAUGCAGCCACCAGAGUUG